AUGCAGUACAAGGAAGCAACCAAAUUUCAAGACACUUUGUAUGCGCGCUAUGGUCAACAGUUCUAUCGAGAGUGCAACAUCUCGGACACUGUAGACUUUAUCUUCGGUGAUGCCUCCGACGUCUUCCAAAACUGCAUGAUCUACGCCAAAUUGCCAAUGCAAGAGCAAGACAAUACCAUCACAGCCCACGGUCGUAACAAAGAAAGCGAGGCUACAGGCUUUUCAAUGCAAAAUUGUUCCAUCUUGUCGUGGCACGACCUUGUUGCCAGCAACGGGAUCGUCGAUCCAAGCGGAUGGAGGAAGUGGUCAAAUGGCGACAAUCCGGCAUUGUACAAGGUGCACUAUGGCGAGUACGCAAAUUAUGGGCCGGGAAAUGGGACACAACAGACAAGGAUAAAUUGGCCAAGAUUCCACUGGAUGCAGUACAAGGAAGCAACCAAAUUUCGAGUUUUUCAGUUUAUAAAUGGUAGUCAUAUGUGA